AUGGAUUAAGAAGUCCAACUAAAUUAUUUCAAGCUUCCAAAAUAGCAUUCUGAAGAAAAAGGAUUACUAAUUUCAAUUUUAGAUUGUUCAGGGUCUAUGUCAAGCUGUAUUCUUAUUAUUUUUAAUUAUAAUAGAUUGGAAAUACGUAGCUUAAUAUUAUAAUGAAUUAAAGGAGAAGGCUAAUGUAUCAAUAGCGAUUACUUUUGACACAAAUGUAAAAGUUUUGUAGCCAAAUGAAAAUAUUACUCCUAAUAUUAAUUAAUAUGGUGGAGGAGGUACAGAUAUUACUCGUGCAUUUGUUGCUUUGAAUUAAGAGAUUGUUAAAUAAAAUAUAACAAAUGAUUUAACAGUUGUGUUUGUUUCUGAUGGUUAGGGAAACUAUGAUGACAAAAUAAUCAAAUAAAAUAUGCCAAAUGUAAAAAAUCUAAAUUUUAUUUGUGUCGGAGUUGGAAAUGGAUUUCCAACCCACAUCUCUAUGAGUCUCAGAAAUCUUUAUCAUACAGGAAAUUUAUCUAUUCCUGCAGUGUUCAUAGUUGACGUUCAUGAUUAAACAAGUUAGGAGAGAGAGAAAUUUUUGCAUACAAUAUUUUAAGAAGAAUUUUAAUCUGUGGGUAAUAUUUUAGUACCAAGAAAAUAAUGUGAAACAACACCUGUCUUAUGUUUUCCAUGGAGUUAAGAAUUAACAACAAAGGCUUGGUCAGGUGGUUGGGUUGCAAGCCACAACCAUGAAAUCACUUGUGAUGGAAUACUAAUUAGAUCAUAAAAUCCUUCAGAUGUUAUGAUAUUAGAAUUGGCUUCUUAUUGGUUACAGAAUAUUUAAUUACUUUCAUUAAAAGCCAAAGUAAAAUAAGAAGCUCAAAUAGCACUCUCAGAAUUAGAGAGAUUAUCAAAUUCUAUACCAAAGCUUCAGAAUUAAAAGAAAUAAAAAACAUUUGCUCAAAGAGUUUAAGAAUCUUAAUCUAAAGAAACAGGACUUUCAGAUGUUGUUGCUGAAUUAAAAUUGUUCACAUAAGAUUUUACAUUAAAUUAAUUAAGUGAUAAAGAUGCAGCUGAUAGAUUGAAGAUUGGAACUAAAAUGGGUAAAUUCCACAAUAAAGCUCUCAAAUUUGCAGGUUUAUCAAUAGAAGACUUCUAAAAGGCUAAAACUUAAUUUAUAGAGUGUCUUAAAUAACACAAAUUUCUUGGUAAUGAUGGAGAUAGAUCAAUUAUGACAUUACAAAGUUAAAAGGAGAUUUUAUAAGAAGAAGACUUAAUCUAAGGAUUAGAAAAUUGUACAUCUUAAUAUUAAUUGGUGACUGCAUUUCCAAUUAUUGGUUAUGGAUUGUAGGUUAGAAGAUCAAAUGCAAGUAUGAUCGAUCCAUAUAAAAUUGAAAUUGUAUCUCUUGUGAGAAUCCACAAAUUUUUAGAUUCUGUAUCUUUAAUAGAGAAUUAAUAGCAUGAAUUAAAGUUUUAGGUUGGAAAUGGAGAAGAGGAAGUAGUUAAUUGUAUUCUUCCUUUAUAUACAUAAAAAGAUGAAGAUCUUAAACCAUUUUUCAGAUCAUUACUAUUUCACACUAUCAUGACAUUUGUAGUUUGUGAAAAUGCAGAUGUGUGUUUUGAUUAUUCUUAUGCAGCUUUAUUAGCCAAUACUCUUUAUUAUUUCAUUAGAUAACCAAAAUCUGAAUGGACUAAGGAAAUGAUAAAUUUAAUAAAUGAGUCGUAUUGUUUGGCUUAUGAGGCUAAAUAUAAGAAUUUCACAGAAAAAUUAAUUAAUGACCCAAUCUAAACUUUGGUUGAUGUGAAUAAAGAAUAAGAUACUUCAUGUUAAGAUACCAUCAAGGCUUUACUAAUUCUCUCAGCACAAAAAGAUAAAUUAUAAUAAUAAUAAAUCAAAAAUGUGCUUGAUAGAUUUAUAAUUGAAACUAUAGGAAGAAUUUUUAAGGAUAUAACAUCUAAAGAUCAUAUUAAUCUAUUCUUUAACUUAGAGAAUGAACCAAAAAUACUCACUGAAUUAAAUUAAAGAAUAAUUAAUGAAUUUGAUAAGGAAAAACUUCAAGAAUUUAAGAGUAUGUCUGCAAUUACUUCUUAAAUUUUCAAAGAAGUAGAAGCUAUUAAAGUUGAAGAUUGGUAAAUGUAAAUGACAUUCAAAAAAGAGAAAGCAAUCAAAUUAUUAUCAGAAACUAAAUUUAAAUAUCAAGAUUUGUAAAGUGUUUAUGAAUUCUUUUUGCUAGAAGAAAUACCAUAAAAUUUAUUUAUUGCAGCCAUAUUUCAUGCAAGACAUUAGAAAUCAACAGAGAGAGCAUAAUAAGCAUUUAUUUUUGAUUUUGAUCAACUCAACAAAGAAAUGUAAUAAAUCAAACAUUAACUCUUAAAAUAAGAAUUAUUAGAAAAAUGUAAAGUAGAAAUUAGAACUCAUGUCCAAAAAAUGGGGAUAAGCAAUUUAUUUGUUUAAAGAAUGCCUGGUUUUGGAAUAAGUAGAAGAAGAAGAAGAAGACCUAAUGUUAACAAAUUAGCUUAAAAGAAUCCUUGAU